AUGGAGAAGGCUGUGGUGGACAAGCCGAGGCUCAGGGUGGCGCUGCUCGUCACCGAGGAUGACCAGGUGAGCAGCAUCUGCCGAUGCAUGACAGAGAUCAUGCAGGAGAAAUGCAUCCUUUGGUGCAGGUCUAUGGUGUGCACAUCGUGGAUAUGUUUCGGGAGUGGCUGGAGGAUGCCAUGGAUGGCUCAACAAUCCUCUGCAUGGACGCCUUUGACGCCAAGAAGAUGGAGUGGCCCGCGCAGCACACGUGGCAGCAAUACGAUGGUACCAGCCCAUGUGACAAAAAGGACUGUGGUACGUGCGUGUGUGUGUGUGUGUGCGUGUGUCUGUGUCAGGCUUCAUUAUCCCCGGCUCGUUGAACAGCGCCUACGAUAAGGAGCCGUGGAUAGAAGAGCUGGCUCGUGUGGUGAGUGAGCCACUCCACACAUCACACACACAGACAGAACGACACACAGCCGAGUGGAUGGUUGAUCUGUGUGGUGUGUUGUCCGUCCACCGCGCUGCAUCCCCCUCCCUUGCUGCAGAUACAGAAGCUCCACGCCGACCGCACCCCAUUCCUUGGUGUGUGCUUCGGCCACCAGCUGGCCGCCCAGGCCCUCGGCGGCCGAGUGAAGAAGAAUCCAAUGGGCACGCAGUUCUCACGAAUCACCACCCCCCUCAUUAACACCGCCCCGGCCGCCCUCCCUCUUCCUCUUGUGAAGGAUAAUGCGUCAGGUGGCGAGAUCAGCCUGCUGUAUUCCCAUGACGAUGUCGUCGUGGAGGCGCCCAGUGUUGGCGUGUCGCUGGGAGGGACGGAGGCCUGUCCGGUUAUAGGAGUGGCCUAUGGGAGCCCGCCCUUCGCUAUCACAGUGCAGGGCCAUCCAGAAUUCAACACCAAGACAGGUACGUACCUGCACACCACACAGAGGAGCCGACGUGGGAAAGGCGAUUGUUUUGGUGUUCCAUAUGUGUGUGUGUGUGUGUGCGUGUCGGUGGAUCAGGGAAGGGCUGUCUGGACGUCAUAUUUGAGUACUACGUCAAGGUCGGCAAGGCGACCCCUGAGCAAGUUGAGGAGGGCAGGCGGCGGGCGGCAGAGCCCACAGAUGCGCACCAUGUGGCCAAGGCUGUAAUUGGGCUCUUCUCGAGGAGGGAGGGAAGAUCAGACUCAUUGAGUAGGGGGUAGCAAGUGUGCCGGUGUCCGUUUUGUUUGUCGGUGGUGUUUGUUUAUUGAGUGGACAGCGCGUGAU